CUGUUGUGUUCACGGGUGUUUGAAAUGUACAGACAACUGCGCUACACGCGUUUAACAGAGUAAAAGCCCCUAUCCAGAAGAGCUCCGUGUUUCCAUGAGGAGAUCGGCUGGUGAAUUGCUCCGAUGAACUGGUUUGGAUUUGGCUUCAAUGCCUUCGGACAAAUUGCUGCACAUGAUAAGUUGAUAAAACGAGAGGGAAGCGCCGCGGAGGAAGUCAAAGUGGUUAUUCCGACAGACAUUGGCCGUCAUGUGGAUGAAUGUGAGGGCGGGACUGGCUGCAAAGUAAAUAUCUACAGGAAGAACAGUCGGAUCAAAGCAAGCUGGAGUCGAAGGGCAAGUCUGCAUUCAGAGGGUGACGGCUGCCUGUGCGUAACGUCAGCAGGUUUUGGCGCAGGAGUCAGCGGCGUCUCUGUGCUGGAGGAGAGCCGCGGCUGCAGGGAUGCUCUGAUCUGUGAGAGACACCUGACACUCGCUUUCCCCGACAGAACUGAGUUAUGGAGCCUGGAGCAAAACGACAAGACACUGAUAUGGAGCAUGGAAAUAAAACCAGAGGCAGAGACGACUGGACCCCCACUCAAGCUCCCUUUAGUCCCUGGGGGAUAUGUUGCCACUAAACUUCCCUUCUACCGCUCCCUGUCGCCCCAGCUGAGAGCUGUGAGCCUGGCUUUGGGUGCAGAGCAUGCCGUUCUUCUUAGUGCCACUGGAGCUGUGUACACCUGGGGCCUAGGCAGCCAUGGUCAGUUGGGGCAUGGUGGUCUCACCUCUGAAGAGGAGCCCCGGGCUGUGGAGGCACUCUGGGGGAUGCCUAUGAGCUGUGUCGCUACUGGGGGCUGGCACUCUGCCUGCAUCAGUGCUGGGGGCGACCUGUACAUGUGGGGCUGGAAUGAGAGUGGUCAGCUUGGACUUCCAUCCCAGACUCUGAGAAAAGAGCAGCAGCGAAGGAACAAACAGCCAGCAGUGAACCGAGAUGCCAGCUCGUCUGCAUGUAAAGAGCAACAAGAGGGAGAGAAGCAGGAGGAGGUGUUCAUAUCCAUUCAAGCAUUCCCCGCCCUGCUGGAUAUCCCCGAGUCGUGUGAAUUCAGCACCGUCAGCUGUGGGUCCAGGCAUACUGCGGCAGUAACGACCACAGGGGAUCUGUAUACUUGGGGCUGGGGUGAGUAUGGCCAGCUGGGACACAGGACGUUACUGAGCUCAGAUGAGCCACAGUGUGUGGAUUUCUUCAAGGAAAAAGGCGUGUGUGUGGUGGAUGUAGUGUGUGGAGCAUGGAAUACCUUCGCUGCUGUGGCCAAGGAGGAAGUAGUUCAGUCUUAAAAUGAAUACUGGAGACUCUGAAUAAUUAUGGACAUUGGACUUUGCAGCACAUGUCAUGAGCUGCAUACUCACCACAUAAUAUCUUGAACCUUUGCAUUCAUGACUAUAUUUUAAGAUAUUUACAAGAAUUAUACCGGUCCCUUUUGUGUGUCUUAGAUAAAUAACUGAAAACAAGAUAAAUCAAGGAAUUUAUGGCAACAUCAUUUUUUUUUAUUUUUCCUUGACAAAGACAUUGUUAAAAGUAGGAAGAGACUUAUAUUUCACAAACGCUGCAUAAAAUAGUUAAACCAUAAAGUGUGUAAGUAAAUAUAAAUUAAGACGUAUAAAAUUAUUUUUGAAAUCAGUUGAAAAAGAGCAACCAUAAUACGGGAAUCAAAGGAGGCACAUCAGUUUCCAUAGCCUGAGAGAGGUCUUCACAGCACAAUCUUGAAAGAACUAAGGGAGAAAUUUUGGCAUCGUUAUAGAAAUCAGGAUGAACAAAUUUGUGUUUACUUUAAUAAAUAAUAUUUCCUAGUAGCAAUAACCAGAAUUCCACUCACCUGACAAAAUCUGGUGAUCUUGAAAUGACAUGCUGAAACUCUGAGAGGUUCACUGUCCCAUCCUUGUCAAUGUCUGACUCUUCAAGAAUCUAAAUUAUGAGCCAAAGAGACAUCUUAGACCAACAAGCGCAUCACUGUGUUUCCAUAUCCAAGAUGAAAUCACACAAGACUGCUUUAACCAGUCAGUGUGUCUCCACCUUGUUUCAUCUGCAGAGAUGGCAAGCCUGACUGAACUCACAUUGUUAAUGAGCUGUCUCAUUUCGUCUGGGGUUAGUCUUGUGUCGUCUGUCUCACCAGUCAGGCAGUUAACCAGCUUCUCCAGGUCGCCGACAUCCAGGGUGCCAUCAUCAUCAAAAUC